ACUCCGUGGGUCGCGGCGGGGGGGGCAGUGGAUGCCUUUGCCAGCCAGGAGGUCAGCUGUAUUGCACCGCGGUUUCCGGAGCUUGGGAAGGGGACGUGCCACCGCGGAUCGGAGACAUCCCAGCCCAGGCCGGCCCGCCAGUGUGGGAGACUGAGCGCCUUGGUGUGGGAGGUGCAGGUUCCCGUCUCCUCUGCCGCGCUUUCAGGCUGCCCAGCCUGGCAGUAUGGAUUUGUGAACCACGCGCUGGAGCUGCUGGUGAUCCGCAAUUACGGCCUGGAGGUGUGGGAAGACAUCAAAAAAGAGGCACAGUUAGAUGAAGAAGGGCAGUUUCUUGUCAGAAUAAUAUAUGAUGAUUCUAAAACUUACGAUUUGGUUGCUGCUGCAAGCAAAGUCCUCAAUCUCAAUGCUGGAGAAAUCCUCCAAAUGUUUGGGAAGAUGUUUUUUGUCUUUUGUCAAGAAUCUGGUUACGAUACGAUCUUGCGUGUCCUGGGAUCUAAUGUCAGAGAAUUUCUGCAGAACCUAGAUGCUCUGCAUGACCACCUGGCUACUAUCUACCCAGGUAUGCGUGCACCCUCCUUCAGGUGCACUGAUGCAGAGAAGGGCAAAGGCCUCAUUCUGCACUACUACUCAGAGAGAGAAGGACUUCAGGAUAUUGUCAUCGGAAUCAUUAAAACGGUAGCUCAGCAAAUACAUGGCACAGAAAUUGACAUGAAGGUUAUUCAGCAAAGAAAUGAAGAAUGUGAUCAUACUCAAUUUUUAAUUGAAGAAAAAGAAUCUAAAGAAGAGGAUUUUUAUGAAGAUCUUGACAGAUUUGAAGAAAAUGGUACCCAGGAAUCACGCAUCAGCCCCUAUACCUUCUGCAAAGCUUUUCCUUUUCACAUAAUAUUUGACCGGGACCUAGUGGUCACUCAGUGUGGCAAUGCCAUAUACAGAGUGCUUCCCCAGCUCCAACCUGGCAAUUGCAGCCUUUUGUCUGUCUUCUCUCUGGUCCGUCCUCACAUUGACAUUAGUUUCCAUGGGAUCCUUUCACACAUCAAUACGGUUUUUGUAUUGAGAAGCAAGGAAGGACUGUUGGAUGUGGAGAAAUUAGAAUGUGAGGAUGAACUGACUGGGACUGAGAUCAGCUGCUUACGUCUCAAGGGUCAAAUGAUCUACUUACCUGAAGCAGAUAGCAUACUUUUUCUGUGUUCGCCAAGUGUGAUGAAUCUGGAUGAUUUGACCAGGAGAGGUCUGUAUCUGAGUGACAUCCCUCUGCACGAUGCCACACGUGAUCUUGUUCUUUUGGGAGAACAGUUCAGAGAGGAAUACAAACUGACUCAGGAACUGGAAAUCCUAACAGACAGGCUGCAGCUCACGUUAAGAGCCCUGGAAGAUGAAAAGAAAAAGACAGACACGUUGCUAUACUCUGUCCUUCCUCCAUCUGUCGCCAAUGAGCUGAGACACAAGCGUCCCGUGCCUGCUAAGAGAUAUGACAAUGUGACAAUCCUCUUCAGUGGCAUUGUGGGCUUCAACGCUUUCUGUAGCAAACAUGCAUCUGGCGAAGGGGCCAUGAAGAUUGUCAACCUUCUCAAUGACCUCUACACCAGAUUUGACACACUGACCGACUCCCGGAAGAAUCCAUUUGUGUAUAAGGUGGAGACUGUGGGUGAUAAGUACAUGACAGUGAGUGGUUUACCAGAGCCCUGCAUCCACCACGCACGAUCCAUUUGUCACCUGGCCUUGGACAUGAUGGAAAUUGCUGGCCAGGUUCAAGUUGAUGGCGAAUCUGUUCAGAUAACAAUAGGGAUACACACUGGAGAGGUCGUCACAGGUGUCAUAGGACAGAGGAUGCCUCGUUACUGUCUUUUUGGAAAUACUGUCAACCUCACAAGCAGAACAGAAACCACUGGAGAAAAGGGGAAAAUAAAUGUGUCUGAAUAUACAUACAGAUGCCUUAUGACACCAGACAAUUCAGAUCCACAGUUCCACUUGGAGCACAGGGGCCCGGUGUCCAUGAAGGGCAAGAAAGAACCAAUGCAAGUUUGGUUUCUCUCAAGACAAAAUACAGGAACAGAGGAAACAAAGCAGGAUGAUAACUGAAUCGUGGACUGUGGGGGGAAGAAGACCAUGAUCAGUUCCAGGUAUCCCCUGAUAUGCGGCAGGCCAGGGAGCAACUGCGACCUACGGAUCCAGAGUCCUGCUUUGUCUUUCUCAAUUCCCCCAAGCCUUUCUCCUAGGCAUAUCUUUAUUCAUUAUUCAGCUUUAGCCCUGCUUUUGAUUUUUUUCCAGGUUUAAUAUAUUAUCUGAAGUUCGGCUUUAGAUGUGGAUGAUAUGUGCUUCAUGUGUCUUCAAAUCUACUACAAGCAUUGCUAAACCCGGUAAUUUGUAUGUAGUAGGCACCCAGUAAAUAUCUGUUGAAUUUAAUUAAAUGAAACUGAACAGUAUUUGGCCUUGUAUAUACAGACCAUGGAGUCCCAAAUCUGUUUCCCACUCCAUAUAUAUAUAUAUAUAUGUAUAUUUUAAUGACUAUAACAUAUAACAAACUUUAUAACAUAUUGGUGUAUAUCAUUGUAGAAUUCAUUUUCUAAAGGAGUGAAUUGUAAGUUUUGGGGGGAAAAAGUGAUUUAUUUUCAGACUCCCAAAGUAAGAAUUAACUUACCAUGCUAAGAAAAUAAUGACUAUUUUGAAGUAUGUCAAUUUCUCUGAAGAAAUAUAGAGCACGCAUUUCUGUUAUUAAAAAUAUUUGGUUGCUCAUUCAAAUCAUGUGGCAAAUUAUAAUUCCUCUAAAAUGCUAUCAUUUGUAUUGUAUCCUUUGUAUUAAGUUUCAUUAACCACAUUCAGCUGUUCUGGAAAGCUGCAGUAUUUAAGCUACUACAUUAGGUUUGGAUAUGUGUUAGGGACUCUAACCACUUCCAAGAAUGAAGCUGGGACACUGUUAAUCAGAGCCAUCCCUGGCCUUUUAUUCCCAGAAAUGAGCUUUUCUUCUUAGCUUAGAAGGAUGGGAUUAUAUCUAGGGCAUCAUGUUCAGAAAACUCAGUUUAAUUAUAACAUAGAAUGCAUUCCUAUUGGAAUAGUUGGCCUGUUGUUCUUAAAUGUUUCAAUAAUUUAUUAAUAUCUAUCUUUAUAAAAUAUAGUGCAACUACUUUUGUGUAAAAAUGUUUGUCAAUUUAGUAUUUCAUAUCAACACACCGAUAUAUGUAUAAAUGUUCUAUGUUAAUGUGUAAAAGAAUCUGCAAUAAAUUAUUUU